AUGGGCUCAUCUGAACAGUCUUUUUGGAGGUUUGAUUCGCCGUUGAUAUAUUUAUUUGGUGGGAUAGCUGUAAUACUUGCUCUGAUAGUCGUGGCGUUGAUAAUUCUGGCGUGUUCUCAACGGAGGCGGCGAUUGGAAGCCAACGGUAGUGGAGACAUAGAAAGCGGUGGUGAUGAUCAGAAGGCAGCGAAGGCGGUGUACAACGGUGGCGAAGGAGCAGAUGACACACCCAAAAUCGUCGUGAUUAUGGCCGGAGAUGAACUUCCGACGUACUUAGCAACACCCGCCGACGUCACUGUCAGUGUCAGCGCCACCCAUGUUUCUAACUAA